AUGGCGACGCGCGGUGGAAAAUUCCAGAGUGCUGGCGGGACGAAAGCCAUGAAUCUCACAGAAAAAUGCUCGCACUUAAUUCGAAGGCCUGCCCCACGCGAUCAAACGCGUCGGUUUCUGAGGGGUGGGAACAACCCGGGUCAAAGUGUCCUAUCCGCCUCCCCCAUGCUCAGGAUUUUUGAUUACAUUUUACACUUUCUCAAAUCAGCGGAGUGGGAUGCAGCAGUGAUGGGGUUUAUAGACAACAAUUGCGCGGUUUUUGUCAACGAUGAAGAGAAUAAAUUUGAAUAUUCACAAAUACAUCGCGCCUUCGUGGAUGAAAUUGAGGCGUUGAUAGAUGCACAACUUGACAAGGUUGGUAUCAGCAAUGAUCUCUUAGUUGCUGCUUGCAAGCAUGCUCGACACAAUCGUGAGAUCAAUCGCGAGGUAUAUGAACAGAUGAUCGCAAUGGAUGACUUUCUUACGUUUAAAAAGCUAAUGGUGAAGCGAAAUGUGGAACUUGGAUAUGAAGCUCUGAAGGCGUUACAUAAGGAUCAAGUGCCAAUAAUUGCCCCAGAAAGCGAAGAAGAAGCGGAAGCACAGUUUCAACGGGCUGUCAAGGAAUCAGAAGAUACCACCUUCGCUGAAAUAAAAGAAUCCGAGACCGAGAGUCAGAUCAACUCUUCCGUCAAGGGGCACUUAUUUGACAAAGAAUUGUGUGAUGCUAUGGACCAGAAUUUGAUGGAGAUAGAGGCUCUUCACAAACGAGAAGAAAUAGAGCAACUGGAACUUGAACAGGCAAUUGCUGAGUCUCUUGCAACUGAAAAGGAGCGGAUGAAAGCUCUGAGGAAUGAAAUUGAAGCGGAUGCAUCCCCGAAUCAACGUGAUGAGCCCUGCGAGUACAACUCAGAUUACACAUGCAAUAAAUGUGAAUCCACAAGGAAGUCCCCUGUUCCUUCAGAUGAAGUGGUCGGACUGUCCAUCGUUGCCGAGUCAAAAUUGAGUGAAAUAGUUUCUCCACGACCAAGCUUGAAUGCGCCUAUCGAACGCUUUCAUGCAAGUCUGCAGGACAAGUGCGUGCGCCAACCCUAUGAUGUCUUGAUUUAUACGAAACUUGACAGGAUUGGUAGCUCGGGGGAUAAUCGAAUGAAGGCAAAACAAAUCCAGAUUGAAAUGCACGAGAAGCGCCGGCGUGUUGCGGAAGCUGCGUUCAAUCGAAAUCAAGAAAUUUUACGUGAGCGUAGACUGCAAGAACGUGAAAUUCAAGGUCAGGCCGGCGUCACUGCUGCGGAUAUGCUAAGGAGGGAACUCCGGCUGAAGGAACAGCGAGAUCGAAUCAUAGCAAAGAAAAACGCAGAGCGUCAACAGAGACUGACCAAAGGAAGUCAAGACACUCAUGUUGAACAGGGUAUGCCAUCAGGCCUAAAGUCGAGUGUUAAGAAAACAGCUGAUGAAGAUGAAUCGUCGGUCCUAGAAGCUCGGCGGUCGAUGAUGCGCACAGCUCUAGCACGGCGCAUGAAACAAGAUCUUCUUGAAUCAGAAGAGGAACGACUACAGAAACUGCAGUCAGAGCAAUUCACCGAACUUGAUCACAAGCUGCGUCUCGUGGAACGGCUUCGUGAUGAAAACCGAGUAAAAGAAAUGCAGUUGGCAGAUGCUAUUGAGGCGCAACAGACUCAACGCUUCAAAAAUAUCCAGGUGCGUCGUGUAAGGGCAGUCCAUAUCCUUGGACCCAUACUUGCUGUUUAUCGGCCCACAAGACUGUUGGACAAGCCUGGCUGGAGAUUACGAACGGCCAAGUGGACGGAAACUGUAGAGCUAGGGCGUACGAUCCUCGAGGCCCGUGCCCGCGAGCUACGUCGUGAAGCGCGGAAGCAAGCGUGUCAACGCGCGUUUCUGCGAGAAGAACGAAAGACUGCCACGAAAGCUGAGGGGAGCAUCGAUUCUGACAACAAGGCGCUAAAACAUCGUCUUAGGGAGAACUGGUUCCCCGAGGAACAUUUGACGCAUGCAUCAAUGCCUCGACUGCGUCUGAACGUUGGAGGGGAGAUAUUUGAACUAAGCAAGAAGCUUUUAGUGUCAGAUCCCGACUCACUUUUGGCAGCUCUCAACUCAAUAGAUUGUCCUCUAUUUACUUCCAAUGGUUUUGAUCGAGCAAAAAUUGCAUACAUCGACCGCGAUUGGUGGAUAUUCAGAUACGUACUUAUUUUCCUGAGGGAUGGAAUCUUACCAAAAAAUCACAUUGUUGUGAUGAAUCUCUACAAAGAGGCAGAAUUCUGGCGUCUUUCUUCGCUUCGGCGAGCCAUAGAAGAGAUCCACCUCAACGUGUUUCGGAACUGCGACUCUGUCGGUGAAGAUUGGAGGGGGGUGAGGCUUGGUCCCCUUUCUACUCACCCAGAGAAAGUCCUAGCCACAAAAGACGACGUCAAGGUCGACGCGAAUGUAUACCCUAUCCUCCUCCGUCCCCCGGCCGCUGAAGUGGCUGCGCCCUACAAGUGCGGCCCGCUGGCCCCCGUUCCUGUUAUUUAUUUUCCCAUACAUUUGAGAAUGAAAUUCGCACGCAAUACAAUACAACAGGGGCAGUAG